AUGAGUAAUAUUCAUACUUUAUCUGAGUAUAGAGAUGACUACCCUGAAAAUACCCCAUUUAAUAGUACUCCAGGUUAUUAUGAGUCGCAAAGUAGUUUUGUACAGAGAUCAAAACCAAUUGAUGUAAUUAAUCUUAUAUUUCCUCAUUUUACAUGGAAAAGUUUUGUUGUGGUUAUUUCAAUUAUACAGUUGGUUAUUUUUAUAGUGUCAAUAACUAUUAAACCAGCAGAAUUUUUAACUCCUUCUGAAAGUUUAUUAAUAACAUUAGGUGCAAAUGUUGCUUCAAAAAUAAAAAAUGGAGAAGUUUAUAGAUUAGUAAUGCCAAUAUUUUUACAUGCAAACAUAUUUCACGCCUUUUUUAAUAUAUUUUUUCAAUUAAGAAUGGGUUUUACAUUAGAAAAAAACUAUGGUAUUAUAAAAGUUAUUAUAUUAUAUUUUUUAACUGGUAUAUAUGGGAAUAUUUUAUCAGCUUCUGUAACUUAUUGUACUAUUAAAGUGGGUGCUAGUACAUCUGGUAUGGGAUUAGUUGGUGUUGUAACAGCUGAAUUAGUUUUAUUAUGGCAUGUUAUUAGACAUAGAGAAAGAGUUGUUUUUAAUAUUAUAUUUUUUUCACUAAUUUCCCUUUUUUAUUAUUUUACCUUUAAUGGUUCUAAUAUUGAUCAUGUUGGACAUUUGGGUGGGCUUUUAUCAGGGAUAUGCAUUGGUAUAUUGUAUAAUGGAAACAUAGAAAAUAAACCAACGUGGUACAAUAAUGCGAAAAUUGGUUCUUAUAUUUGUUUAGUCCUUUUAGCUAUUUUACCUACUAUCCUUUUAUUUAGUAUCCAGCGUAUUUGCUGA